CUCCCAACUUAGAAAACUACCUCUUAGAAACAUCAAUUGACCAACAUAACAAAAACAAUACCCAAAUGGCCUCAACUCAACCUAACAACUACUUUCCAACUUUCCCUCCUCCAUCACCUUCCCACCCCUUCAAUCCUCCACCACCACCUUCACAAUCCUUUUACCCUCCACCUCCACCUUCGCACUUUAACCCUCCUCCACCACCCCCUCAUUCUUUUUCUCCACCUCCUCCACCAUUUCGAACAUCACCACCGUCACCACCUCGUCCAUUUUCUCCUCCACCCCCAAAGGUGCGACCACCACCACCACCACCUCGUCCCAUUCAUCCAUCUCCACCGCCACCACCUCGUCCUGUUCGUCCUCCUCCCCUUCCCCCGGCCCCACUCCCACCUUCACCCUCUCCAAACAACCCCACAGUCAUAAUAGUCGUGGUUGUCUCAUUGGGUGGCCUCUUGUUUCUCUCAAUGCUCGCUUUUGCUCUAUUCUGCUGCAUUCAGAGGAGGAAGAAGAAGACGCAAGAAACCGAGGUCCUUCACUUUGAUGAGCACCAAACGGUAAAGGAAACCAUCGUGCCUGGUCCUUUUGGACGAAACACAGUAGUGGUAACUGUUGAAGAUGAUGUGCAUAUUGAUGAAGAAAUCAAGACUGAGAAAGUUGGUCACGGUUUGCAUGCAAAAUCAUCUUCACCUCAUGAAGCAGAUCGAGUUACUUCUGGCAGCAUUGUUGAGGUGGCAACUCCUCUACGUGCACUUGAACAUCAUGAUGCUCAUCAUCACCAUCCUGAAAACAAGCCCUGAUUGAAAGAAAUAUAAACAAAGAUCUUGUCACACGGAGAAUUGCAUAUCCUUGUCAAAAGACUCCCAACAAGGAUUCUAUAACUUCACUUAACUUCGACGAAUAAAUAAAUAUCCUUAAUUUGUCCUUUCCUUUU